GGGUUUGAAAAUGGGCUGCAUUCUUUUCAUCUAAUGGACGGAGAUUAAUGUGCAACAGUGGGUUUAUCAAAUAACAGCAGUAGCUAAUCACUAAAUUAAAAGCUAAGUUAGCCUUAAAAGAAUUUUAUUCGUCGUGCACUUUCAAGUUUAAAAUGCUGCAGUGCUAAAUCUUACAUGAUUUGUGUUACUGUCAAUCAUUUGCAGGUAACACUGUGCACUGUCAGCCUAGAUAAGAUUGCUCGUUUAAAACGACUUCUUAUAGCGUCUUACUAUGUAUAAAGUUUAACUCGUUCGUCGGUGUCAGAACCGCAUUAAAUAAAGCAAACGAGUUGCCGCCCGAGAAACAAGCGACGCAAGCCCAUCCCUACUGCUCAUGGCACAUGCAAGGCUAACUAGCCUCCCGGCUCCAGCCACCUACCCACCUCCCGCCGCCCAUUGAGGAUCUUUGGUGGGAAAAAACACGCAGCUUCACCAAGUUCGGCCCACGAUGUGAUUAGCUGCAGCGCGGAUCAGUCACGCCGCGGUCCUUCCCACUGAGCUUUGACAGCGCCGCCGCACGCCUCGGCCGAGCGUUUCACCCUGCAUAAGGCUUCGAAUGAGCCGCGAGAAGAGCACGCCGCGCGGUGCAGUGGAUCGGGUUUGCGGGGCGUCGAGGCAGCGGCUAAUCCUCGUCGGUGGGUUUCACAAGCUUACAGCCAACCCGGUCCUCCGAUCCUGCGAAGCGGAUGCCGCCGCCGAGGUGUACAGCGAGAGCUUUAUUCUUGUCUAUUAAUUUUCUCACAUAAGAAAAAGAAAGGGACGAAGCUGGGCAUGCUGCUGUGGCAGGCGCUGCGAGCAACUUGAGUCCGCCGGGCUGUUUACACAUCAGUGAUGAAGAAUACGCACACGCAUCUUUUCAGUUCUUUAUAACCAUGACGGAGCUUUUGGAAGGGACAGCGAGGCAUCUGAGGUAAGACGCGGAAGCAAAGGUCUUGGAAAGCGCCGUCCGCCUCCCGCCGAUGCGCCUUCAGCAGUGUGCCGCCUGGUGAGCUCCUGUAGUGAAGAACAUUAAGUAACGGAAACAAAGUUUAUGCAUUUGAAUUGGAUGCUGCGGGCUAACGGAGGGACGCAAGACUGCGGCGCAUUGUAACGACACGUAAUCUCGCAUCUGGAGCUUGCUUCAAGUUUGAGACUGCUGCUUCCGUUACGUGCAGUUUUGUUUUCCCUCCUCUUCAGUUCGGUUUGCCAUUCUCAUUUUCAGAUCGUAAAUGAAGCGUUUGGCAUCAGGACAGGGUCUAUCGUUCACGAAAAAAGAGAGGACUGACCCCUGGCAACAGCAGCAGUCUUUGGAACGGGAAAUACAGUUGUUUUGAAUUAUUUUUACUGUGAAGGCUGGGCGCAUUUUCAAGUAGAUUACGAGAGUGCUUGUUUUGGAUGUCUUCGAGACAUGCCUUGCCUGAACUUUUUCACGGCAGCAAGAUAGCAACGUUGUGAAAAUUGACAGCACGUUAAAACAGUAACAACAGCAAAACAAAACGAAGAUACCAGAGCAAGAGAAUUAAAGGUAAAGAGAGCGUAAAGGACAGAGAAGGAAGGAGCCUGCUAACCUGACAGCAACCUCGCGAUGUUCCUCCGAAAGUUACCGGGGGUGUCCGCCUCUGGGAUGGGGCUUCGUCUAUCUCAGAAAUUCGUCUUUUUGGUCUUUCUGUCCGGUUUGGUCACCCUCUGCUUUGGGGCGCUGUUCUUUCUCCCCGACUCGGCUCGUCUUAAGCGAAUUUUCUUAUCCGGACCGGAGAGCCAGACACUGGAAGCGGCCACUCUCGCCAAGGAGGGCAUCAGAAAGAUCGACAAGAGCCACGAUAGCUUCAAAGACUUGACACCCGGAAAAGGGGACCCCGGCGCCCUCGGCAAGACUAGCAAGGCAGACAAAAGCGGCGACAAAAAUCCCGACGAGCACAACUUGCCCAAGGGACCGCCGCAAAAGCCACGGCAAACGACGGGCGCUGGACGGGAAGCCAGAGUGGGGGACACGGAACCGUCUGAACGCGGCGCACACCAAUAUGAUUACGACAAGUUUAGAGCAUGUCUGAAGAAGCCAUCCCUGGGUGCAAGUAGAGGUAAACCGAGCGACCCCCAGAGCCAAGCAAGGAGAGCGAAAGUCAAAGAGAUGAUGAAGUUUGCCUGGGAUAAUUAUAAAUUAUAUGCCUGGGGGAAGAAUGAGCUGCGACCUUUGACCAAAAAUGGGCACAUUGGCAACAUGUUUGGAGGACUCCGAGGAGCCUCCAUUGUGGAUUCUCUUGAUACACUGUUCAUCAUGGGGCUGGAGGAGGAGUACGAGGAAGCCAAGGACUGGGUGAAAGAGAACCUUGACAUGAAUUCUAAUGGAGAAGCCUCCCUUUUUGAAGUGAACAUUCGUUAUGUUGGUGGGCUGCUUUCAGCAUAUUACCUGACAGGCGAGGAGGUAUUCAGGACCAAAGUCCUUGAACUAGGGGAGAAGCUGCUGCCAGCGUUUAAUACGCCCACCGGGAUCCCACGUGGAAUCAUUAACCUAGGCAGUGGUCUGAGCUGGAGCUGGGGAUGGGCUUCUGCAGGAAGUAGCAUUUUGGCAGAGUUUGGAACAUUGCACUUGGAGUUUGUUCACCUGAGUGAAGUUUCUGGAAACCCGACAUAUAAGGAAAAGGUAAUGAACAUUCGCAAGUUUUUGAACAAAAUAGAAAAGCCCCACGGGCUCUACCCGAACUUUCUGAGUCCUGUCAGUGGAAACUGGGUUCAACACCACGUCUCCAUUGGCGGCCUGGGGGACAGCUUCUAUGAGUAUUUGAUCAAAUCUUACCUUAUGUCAGCCAAAAAAGAUGAAGAAGCCAAGAAGAUGUAUUAUGAUGCCUUGGAGGCAAUAGAAACCAAUCUGGUGCAGAAAUCUCCCGGGGGCCUCACAUACAUUGCAGAGUGGAGAGGUGGCAUACUGGAUCAUAAGAUGGGUCACCUCGCCUGCUUCUCUGGGGGGAUGAUCGCAAUCGGUGCAGCAGAUGGAGAACUGCAGAAGCGCAAACACUACAUGGAUUUGGCAGCAGAAAUCACUCACACGUGCCACGAAUCGUACGCCCGUUCUGAUACUAAACUGGGUCCCGAGGCGUUCCGUUUUGAUGGCGGUGCUGAAGCCACAGCAACAAGGCUGAGUGACAGAUAUUACAUCCUGCGGCCAGAAGUGGUGGAGAGCUACAUGUACAUGUGGAGGCUGACCCAUGACCCCAAAUACCGGGAAUGGGGCUGGGAAGCAAUACAGGCAUUGGAGAAGUAUUGCAGAGUUGACGCAGGUUUUUCUGGGAUAAGAGAUGUGUACACAGCGACACCAAAUUAUGAUAACAUGCAGCAAAGUUUCUUCUUAGCAGAAACACUGAAGUAUCUGUAUCUUCUGUUCUCAGACGACGACCUUCUCCCUCUUGAAGACUGGAUAUUUAACACGGAAGCACACCCUUUGCCGGUAGUCCGCCAUAGUUGCAUGCAGGGAGAAAGCAAAACACACCAGCGGCAGAAGCAUUAGCACACGCUACUCCCAGGGGCCCUUGAUCAGUCUUUUGGGUCGAAACGCAUUUCCUUUCCAGUAAAGGACCUUGUCAUAAUGCUGAGAUUGUAUUUGUGGGCCACCUGUCCGAUAUGGUGGACGGUGGCAUUUCAGUGGACAAUCAGAAAAUUACCAAGCACUUUUCAUUUAUCUCCUCUGUGAGGAGAGCCAGUGACCCAGAGAUGGGUCACUGAAAUAUGGGCCAUAUUGUGAAAUAAAACCACUGAGCUGCAUUUCUCAUCCAUUUUGAAGGUCUUUUUUCUGUUAGUUUACUGUUUGACCAAAGGUUGAUUUUUUUUCACAUGUAAACUCCUUAAAAUUUUUUUUUGGACAGAUGAGUGAAUAUAGUCUCUGUGUGUGUGUGUGUGUAUUAUACAGUACCAUAGACAUCAUAGACACACACAUACAUAUAUAUAUAUAUGUAUAUACUGUAUGUGUAUUUACAUAUACUGUAUAUGUGGGUUUAUGGAUGCACUGUAUGAGUAUAUAUAAAAUAUAUAUCUGUAAAUUAAAAAGCAAACACACCCGCUAUUAAUAUGUGCGUUCAGUGAGCCAGUCGUGAUUGGGUAGCACUUGACCAUAGUGAAAACCAGAUGUGAGGGCACUUGGGAUUGGAUGGUGAUUCACAUUUGAAGGUGGUCAGAAAUGGAUGGCAAUCAUGUAGUUAUUAACAUAUACACAGACACACAGAGACGAUUUUCAUUUUUAACUUGCAAAUGACCAUUUGUAUGCAGUGUAUAUCUCUGCAAUAAUUGAGUAUACAGUAUAUGUGGUUAAAAAUUAUGCAUACCUUUUAAUCCAAUUGAAUUGAACUGGACUAAAGAUGACGACAACCCAUUAUAGAAGCCCACUUCACUGCACUAGCUCGUUGUGCUGUGGCUGAAGUUGCCUGAUCGUUUGUUCGUGUUCACCCUACUUGAUUGUGUGACACAUAAGAAUAGUUUUGAUGAGAACUGGUGGUUCAGCCCAGCUCAUCAACCCCAUUUUUUACCAAUCUUUUGUAAAUUAAGACUUGAAGGUCCCCCUGGUCCCACUUUGGUAACUUAUUGGACAUACAUCAUCUUUGGAUUUCUGUGCAGGUUGACUUGAGUUUUCUGUUUGCAUGCUUUUUCACUUGUCACCACCUACAGUACACUUUGCUCCCUAAAUGGGGAUAUUUUACCAUAAACUAAAUCUAAACCAUUCGUCUCACAUCGUACUUCUUACGAGUCCAUCAAUUGCACUUUUAUUUAUCGUAGUGCCCUUUAACUCCACUGUUAGAUGGUUUUGAGAACUCUUGUAUGAAGGAGUGCUCUGACGCUUUUUACAAGAUGUUAGGUCUCCACCUAGGUAACAUCUCAACUGCUAAGGUGCAUUUUGGUUAAAAACGUCAUCUUUCCAGUUGGCGUGUGUACCAAGGGAACAUUCUCAGAAUUCAAUGUCUGUCUGUCUUACUUGGUUAGAAUUGACGUUUUAUACCUCAGAUUUCAUUCCCGUCUCCGUGGGGUUUCAUUUCUUGUAUGGGAUGAUCUCAGCUUCUCUGGUUUUGAACAUUUUACCGAACUGCCAGAAACUAAAUGACUGGGACUGAGUUGUUGUAGCGACAGUUCGCACCACCCACCUGCGUUCAUUAAAUCUCGUUGCUGUUUUGUUUCAUUACCCUGGUAGUCCUGACUCUCCCAUUUUCUUUACAUUUUAAAUUGUUCAUCAAAACAUUUGCUUCUGUAUAAUAUCUAAUUAUUGUACUUUGUUUCAUGCACUGCAUAAUUAUUCUUUUUAAGCCCGUUAGCCACACCUUUUAUGUAAAGAAUUAAACAUAACAUUGUCUGGUUUAGCACAAGGGGAUGAGUGCCGCAUUAGUCAUUGAAGCCAUGAUGACAAACCCGUUUCUCUUUAUUUCAUCGGAGUAGUUACAGUAUCCUGUUGCUGGAGUUGUGGCUCAUGCUGUGAUGAAACACAAGAAUAUUCUGCAAGUUUUGAAUAAUUAGGUAAUGAGAACGCUUUGAUGUUUAGGCUUUUGUCAGAGUAAUAUGGAAGAGCUGAAAUGUUUCAUGAUUUUCUGGUAUUCAUUUUUGCAACUCCUUCUGCAAGAAAGCAAUUCUUUAAACCAAGGGUCUGCAGACGUAUUUAAAUAAGGCCUCUUGUCGAGCUGGACGACGACACGGCUAUGUGGAUGUCCCUGGUGCUCGGCGGCUUGGCGAUGUCCUGGAAAGUUUUUGUGACUUUCAGACUUUACAUUACUAUUUUGGUGGAAUUUUUCUUCUUUCAUGCCAUCAAAUGUUUAAUAUAAACAGAGAAGGAUAUAACCAUAAAAUUAAUUUUUAGCAACAUGUCUUUGAUUUACUAGAUAGAAAAUAUUAAAUUGGUGGGAGCAAUUAACAUGAAGGAUAACAAUGGAGAACCAGAGAACAGCAAGCAGGACAAAACUCAUCCUCAUCUCAGUCCUUGUAGGUCUUGAAAUUUUUAAUAUCACUAGUAACGGCUAGUAACAUCGCUAAUAAUGUCCAAAUCCUUUAAUAUCACUAAAAAAUACCAGUCACAUACCGGCCAUGCUAGCCAUUAGUACUUUGAAUAAGGUUUAAAGAAAUGAACCAGUUAUAGGGUGAGGUAUUUAUAAAUGUUGGUAAUCUCAAUUGAUGUUGUACAAUAUUCAACUAGAUUUAUAUUAAAAGCAUAAGCAAUCAAAAUGUGUAAAGUCUUUCAAUCAAAAACACCAGCUCUGACUUUGCUUGUCUAUCACUACAUGAACAUUUGAGUACCUUGAAGAGAAUUCGGCGUCUAGAUGUGUUUUCGUGACUCAGUCGUUCAUCCCAAGUCUGACUGUGGCCAUGCUGACCCUUGCUUUAAAGAAUAAAUCCAAGGCCUUCAGGGUCUUGUGCAGGAUGUACUGCAUGUUGGUGGUGUGUCCGAUCUUAGACUGCACAUCAGAAGUUGCCAGUUCAGUCCCCACCGCUGCCUCACCGUGUGACCUGAGCAGGUCUCCUCACCUGGAUUUGUUGGGCUACGUUUACACUGCAGAGCUAAGACAUCAAGUCUGACUCCCCUCAGGUCCGAUCUUUAGACAGAGUGGCCAUCUCUGUAAUGUGCAUCUGUUUCCUGCAUUUGCACAGGCACUGGCCUCCACUGACAGACAGCUGCCCAAAUAAAUAAGUACAUUCCAUUAGGUUGUGAUAAUAAAGUCCACAGAGUCCAUUUCUGUACUUCUGUAUAUUUGAAGGAAUGUGAGCACUCAGCAUCACUUAGCAGGCAUUUGUCACCAGAAGCAAAGAGUGUGGUCAGCCAGGUUGUCUUACGUCAAUCUGAGUGCAAAGACGCCUUUGGAAACCCAGAAUGUUUAUUGAGAAUUUUAGUUGGUAGCAGUGGCUAGCAGCGGGUUUGUUCCUGACUUGCACCCUAUGCUAGCUGGGAUAGACUCCGGCAGACCCUCACGAGCCUGUUCAAGACUAAGCGGGAUAGAAAAUGCCUGACUGACUGCUCCGUGGCCAUCCCGAGGAUGGACGACUUUUCUUGAGCAGCCAGUUAUCCCAGUUGGUAGGUACAAUUUCACCAGAUACUGUUUAAAUGCACUGUUGACCAUCUUUGGUCAUUUUCAGGACCAGUUGACAAUCAUCAGCUGUGAAAUUGUGCAUAGCAAACAACACAGAAAAACAUGUUAAUAACCAUAAGUGAGCCAUCUGACAGUUUGAAUCGAAUUGAAAUCGACUUCUACAUGCAAACAUGGACUUUAAUUAAAAUCCACACAUCACAUUUCAGGAUUGGAAUCCAUUUUUGAGUCAAGUGUAAAAAGAUGGUGAGCAGUAUCAGUCAGCAAGGCCAAAACAAUCAGAAAGUGGGCCAAGUGGGAGUGGUGGUGCAAACGUAGCCUUAGCCGCUUCUGUUAGACGAGUCAGCUGACUGCGUAAUGUAAAUAUUGCAAUAAACUUUAUGAUUUCCUUUUCUUAUCAGACUCAGUAUAGAGUUAAGUCCAGUAAAUUUCAUAGGCAGUUAUAGAUAUAAUUACAUGUUAAUUAUUGCAGCUCUCUUUUAAAGGUUUAAUGUUUUUGCUACAGUUUAAUAAUUGUAUAAAUACAGAACAGUAUAUUCAAAUGUGUUUAUAAAUAUACAUAUAUAAUUUGUUUUUCUUUCUUUUUUAUGUUUUUAAUGCUUUAUGUACUGUACACCUCUUUUUCACCACCAUCAACUACAAGUUUAAUAUUUACAGUCACUAUAAAUGUGCUGAUAUAUGCAAGCUGAACAAAGCGAUGUAUUUGUAAGUAAAGUCACGACCAACUGUGAAAGCGCAGAUGAACCUUUUGCAAGCUUUUUCUUUUUAUGUGUGAUCCAUGACUGGAUUUUCAGGAAUUAAUUCAAUGAACUAAAUGUAUUUCUCUUGCUAUUUUAUGUUCCGUUUCUUUUUAAAGCUUACAGUACAUGAGUAAUUAGUCAGUUUUCGUCAUUUUAUUUUCCUUUUAGAUUUUCAGUCUUGAUUAUAAUUGUGCAGCAUAGGCAAAGUAAAGCUAUGUACAUUGUACAGUUCAAAGUUCUAAGAGUAUUUUAUUCCAGGUUUAAUAGGCUGGUUAUACUGUCACCUGUACAGAGUACAGUAAAAUUCUUACAUGCAUGUGCCCAUCAACAUGCAGCACGUCAUCAUCACUCUCCAGCGCCAUGAUUAGUGAGUAUAACGGCCUUACCUCGAAGUGUCCAUCCUUACCUGAAAAAUCUCGGACCGUCUUUUUCAGUAUUUCAGGCUGAUGUAGAGCAAUAUGCAUAAUUUACAGGUUUAAAUUACAUCACAAUUCCACUUGGUGCAACUUCACUUGUCUCACAAAUCUCACCUUGAGAAGACUCCGAAUGGUGCAGUAUGAAGUGUAUGUUCACUUUUCGACAAGUCGAGUGGCGAGUGGCCAUGCGUAUGUUUUGCAAGAGCCUUACCACAAGGUGCACCUUAAAUUUAAGGAGCGUGCCUUAUAGCAGGAGUUGACUUGUGGCAGCUCCCGUUACCAUGUGUAAUGUCAGGCACACGUUACAGAUUGUACUUUAUAGUGAAUUCGCAUUAUCCUCCUCCCUAAUCCACACCAUUAUUCGAACACAAUGAUGUGAGUGAAGCUGACGUGAAAUUACUGUGUGCCUAAUGUUCCAGUGGUGGUAUUUCCUUAGCUGUCCAUUGCACUGUCCAUGGGGUACUCUGGGGAAUGAAGGCUGGAUGGAACAUUUAAAGGGCAUCGCAUUAGAGAACGAGACUUUAACUUUUAUCAGUUUUUAGCCCCUCUGUUAAGUUUGCUCCUUUUUUGCAGCACAUUGAAAGCCCUGUAAAUGUAUUUGUAUGUACAUAAUGUCCUGCUCCCGGGACUGCAUCACGUGGGUAAAGGAAGUGUACAGCAGUAGAAUGUGUUAAAGAUUUGUGUCUGACUGGUAUACUUAAAAAUGCAGGAAAAAUGACUGAAGCAUAAAACAAUUUGCAAGUGCGGCAAAGCAAAGCAUACUGUGGUCCAACCUGGACCCCCGGCAAGCACACAGACAUCCCCUCAUGUGUUUCCAGAAAUACAAACAAACAUGUCAGCAUCCAAAUGUCAAAGUGGUCCCAACCACCAUGUGAAACUUCACUGACUUCCCCCCAACUCAGGUGUGUUAUAAUCAUUGUGAUCAAUCAAGAAUCAAAGUGUAUGAUGUCACUCCUAAAUAUUCCAUGAGCAUUUUGUCAGGAUAAUAAUAAUGGUAAGGAGACCUUAGCUCCUUUAGCAGCCACUUUUCUCACCCACGGGUAUGUCCAUGUAUCAUUUUCGGAGUUUGCUUCUCAUCCUUUAAAGUAUCUUUCAGGUUAGAUCCUUAUCCCAGGCCAUGUUACAUUACACGACUUUUCCAGCAAUUUUCAGUUGCAGUCUUUAUUUACAUAAUCUUAGCGAGUCGGAGGCAGUCACGGCACUCUCCGUAAAGGCCAGUCGUGUAGUCUGACAGGUUGUACCCUUCUGGGACUCGCCCUGACUAAAUCAAACAGCUUUGUCUUCAGUCAUAGGGGUGGGCUCUGUGCGCAUGAGAGCCGUCAACCAAUGAGUGCUCGGGCAGUAAUAUGGAAAGCUGAGGUUUUGGGGCCUGACAAACAGAAGACAGACUCGUCUAUCUGAUGCUGUGCAUUUUACAUGGUAUGACAGAAUGGAGAAGAAGAUUGUGGCUGACUUCACCAUACCUGUUGAGAUUUUAGAUAGCUAGACAGACAGACAUGUAAGGCACUAUAUAACAGAUAGAUUCUUUAUUUGACCCCAAAGGGAAAGUUGGAUUUUUUAUAGAAGCUCUUGAAAUAGAUAAAUAGAUUUACACACACAUUGUGGCCUGAACACACACCAGAAUGACUGAAAAGGAAGGAAAUUUAAAAAGAAAGAAAACGUUUAUGCGGGCAUAGUGCCGUUGGUAUAAAGGAGCCUCAGUAGAUUUACACACCUGGGCAUCGGCUCUGCCAGUCAACACAUUAUUGGCUGUCAGCAAAACUUUGAAAAUAAGACAUGGUGUUGGAAAGUCAUUACUCAGUCAUGUAAUUUAUCAUACCCUGUGAUUUGCAGUCUUGUAAUCCGUCGUACUCAAGUAAUGAGAUCAGUAACAGCAUCAAGUCUGACCCCCAAAAACCCCAACUAGAAGUCGUGUAAUGUCACAUCGGCUUUAACUGUUAUUUGGAAAUAUUUGCACAGAAGGAAAAGCGACCAAAAAAAAAAAAAGUUUGUUUGAUUUCUUGUCCAGAUGCAUUUUGAACUAUCAAGCUUUUGAAGUGAAAGCCCUCCUCAUUCAUUGGUCAAGAGUGCCGUCUUCUCUUCAGUUCAAACACUCAAAUUCACACUUGUCAUAUCCACAAAAGUAUUUAUCUAAUAAUAUUUUAGCAAAAAAAAAUGUGUUUUUGGACAUUGUGAGCAUUCAACAAGAUAAUUUACAGGUAUGUGUGGAUUGUGCAACGUGAGUAGUGUGAGAUUUUUUCAUAGGCAGUUUCAUGUUGUUUAGCGUUGCUGGUCUGCGUUUGUUCUCCCCGUAAACAAGACAUUAAACACUUUUUCUCAGACAUCGCUAGAAACAACAUUGCAUAGUAAAAGUGUAAGAAGUUUUGAAUGGAGUAUUGCUUUAAUAUCCACUGUGGAAUCUUUUACGUUCAGAGUAGUUUUCAAGUGAAGUGUGAAGCUCACAUAGAGUAUGAGGGGUUUACCUUCACUAGUAAUUUAAUCGAUGACCUUUUCUAAUCUACUUAAAGCGCUUUACGUAGACAAUAGGGAACCACUUCAACCACCUCCGAUGUGUCGCGGACACCUGGAUGAUGCAGUGGCAGCAUUUUUUUGCGUCUGCACACUCACCACACUUUAGCUAUUAGGUGCUGGAGGGGCGAGAAAGAUCAUUGUGAUUAUGAUGAUUAUUAACAUUUUUAAAAUUGUUAGUGAAGUUAAAGCUCUUCAUAAUUCACAGCCACACUUUCUCACUCAUUUUAAGAGACCAUCGUCUCUCUGGUAUUGAAGCCACUUUUGCCUUUAGAGUCUCAAGUUGCUGGAGACCCCAGUCUAAUGAGCCUGUCAUUUGAGAUGUAGGAGGACCCCCGCAGAAAGAGCAUGCAGCCAUGGCUCAAGUAAGAACUGGGCUAGGAGUCCAAGGUGGUCCCCCUGGACCUGUGAGAGGGGAGCGCGAGGGAGGGAGAGAGAAGCGUCCUGCAAGUCCAGGCCCCGUGCUAAAUGUUUGCUCUAGUGGUCUGUCGAUGUGGGCCGAUGCGACUGUUGUGUUGAAAGUUUGUUUGGCCAGGAGUGCGGAAGCAGUGAAGACUUUUUUUUUGUUUUGCUUGUAGAAAACUUCUCGCACAAAGUUGCUUUGUGACUUUUUCUCCAUUUUUUUUUUUGUCAUUAAGUUAGAAGUGCCAUGGCCUGCCAGUGGAGCACAUCUCCCCGCAGGGUGCACUUGAUCAAUAUCUCAUACUGUAAAUAACCUUUUAGCUGACAUUUGGCUCUAUGAGAGAACGUGAGCGCUCAGAAAGACAGAAGCAGCUCCCCCUCCUUGGGUGGUUUAAAGGAGAAUGUUUAGCAGGGAAGACCCCCCGACUCCUGUGUGUGGCCAUUUUUCUAAGACGUAUGUAACCCAAGUCUAGUUUAGAGUACCAUCCACCCGUCUGUGAUCAGUCCAGUUUAAACUAGUUCAGGGUCUAUGAUGACAGCGCUGGGUGGAAGGUGGGAGUUUAAGAAUGUUGUCAUGUUAAAGAACAUUAUUAGCGGCACGUAUUUAUAGAGCACAUUUGUAUACGUGAGCGUAGCUCAGAGUGCUUUCCAGUAAUAACGGCUACACACAGUCACAAGAAGAAAGUAAAAACUAAAGAACGGCAGCAAUUUAUAACAGGAGAGAAUCUUAAUGUCCAACUUAAUUACAAACAAUGGUCAGAUAGCCAUGGAGGACAUAUAAACUCAAGUUGGUGGGAUGUUGUAGAAAAGGUUCCAAAGAUUAAAGACCGCCCAGAACCCCCCGGGCAUUGUGCAGUGUUUGAAUGUGUCACCAUUAGCAGGGUCCUCUUGUGGAGCGCUCUUCAUCUUCUUGGCCUCUUGGGUGGCUGCGGCCUAACUUAGACAUUAAAAGCAACACUGGGUGGGGUGAACAGAUGGACCUGGACUGGCACCCACUGUCACUGUCACACAGUCGAGUGUGGUGACCCCGGGGCUGCAGCUCACCAUGGCUCUGACUGAAUUGGUUAAACGACUGAAGCACACGGUUGGGUGGACAGUUUAGAGCAUCACAAAUCAGGCACACUUCGCUGUUUAAUUGUGGGGAAAAAUAUUAGUGACAAGAGGCCAUUAAGUGUGGCAGCAGCAGGAGAUGGAGGAGGACCUCGACUCUCCCUGUUGUUCUUCUCUCACAUUCCCUCUUGGGUUUUUUUUUUUUUUGUUAUUUUCAAGCAAGCCAUGCAAAAAUCACGCAUCAAAUAAUAACCAUAAAAAAAAAAACAACGGUAAUUAGGCCACGGCCUUUUAUUGUGCUGCCUGCCCUCCGAACAGCAGUAAGACGCUCAGCAGGACAGCUCAUCCAGAGGGCUUUCAUAGUCCUGAUUGCACCUCAGUUUCCAUCCCAUUUAACUUAUUGGACACCAUUGUGUUAUUCAUGUUGAUGAAUGAAAGGCCUUAGCUGGGUUUGCUGUAAAUAUUGUGGCUCUCCUUUCAGGCUUUGAUGCGUCAGACAUGUUUGUUCUGCUGGAAAUGUGGGACCUUGAAAAUCCCCGACAGGUUGAAGUCGACUCCUAGCGUGACUGAAUUCUGGAGUCUGUAAGUCCAUAUUUGUCUUUCUCUCACUACUACAGUAUACUGUUUUGGGGUUUUUUUUUUGCGGGGUGAAUGCUUCACUUUUAGCUAUUCAGUUAAGUUUUGUUCAAAUUAAAUCAUACUCAACAGUUUCAUUUUAACAAGAGUGGCCCAGACCGGGGGCAGUGAGGGGCACUCAGUUAUGGUGGUCCCAAGACCAUAAUGUGCGCCGUGAUGAACGCUGCCCUGCUUUUUAAUGCACUUUACCAAAAAUGACAUCCGAUAAAGAGCACAAAACAACAAAGGUGGGCAGCCAUUUCAAAUCCCCCCCUUCACCUGCCAGCCGGCAAACGCAUCGAGCCGCACUCACUUAAUAUUUUCUUUGUGCUUCAGGUGGCAUUUUCUUUUUUAGUUAAUUUUUUUUUCUGCAUUUCAUAUUUACAGCAUAUUGAACAAAAAUCGAAUCUUCACGUCUGUGUUGUACUGUUGGCUCAUUUUAGUAAACUGUGUUAUGAAUUCUUUAUUGUUUCCUUUUCAACCGCUGAUAUCGAUGCUUUGAUUGCCAUUGAACAGAACCAGACCUUGUUUGAAAAAUGUGAUUAUAAUUAUUUUUUAAUCUGUUUUUCUUUUCCUUAUUAAAUGUGACUUUUUUAAGGCAGAAUAAAAGACCAAAAUCUGUAUCAGAAUAAGUAUAUUGUAUCUACUUUUUCAAAUAAAAUGCUUGAUAUAUUAUGUA